AUGAGUUCCAUGGUUCCCAAUGCCCGAGACCGGGUGGAUGCACAUGGCGACUUGGACCAAGACGACCUCUACUUCCAAAAUUUGGCCAAAUGUGAUGUCAACUGGAGGUUUGAAACAGUGCAAGGCUUCUUCAAGCAGGCUUCCCUCGAGACAGAUGACAUGAAAUUCGACUAUGUGAACGAGAACUUCGGCAUCACCAAGCCCUGGGAGCAGUUGAAGAGAGAGGUUGAUGAGCUCAAUGAGAAGUCACCUCCAAACGUGGCAUACAAAGUGCUCUUCCUUGCCAGACAUGGGCAAGGAUGGCACAACAUAGCCCUGCAAAAAUACCCCAAAGAAGAGUGGUUUGCAAAAUGGCGGUUUUUAGGGACCGAUAACGAGAUCACCUGGGGCCCCGAUGCCGAACUCACCGAGCUAGGGGUCAAACAGGCCGAUGAAAACUGCGUGGCUUGGAACAACCAACUCCGCGAAGGAGCCCCAUUUCCCACGAAAUUCUACGUGUCGCCAUUGCUGCGCUCGAUCAAGACCCUAGAACGUACUUGGAAGGACCAGAGUAUCCCUCUGCCCGUUGUCCUUGAGAAUUUGCGGGAAACUAUUGGUGUCCACUUGUGUCAUCAACGAGCUCCCAAAUCUGACAUUGGGAAAAAAUUCCCAUUCUUGACCUUUGAACCUAGUUUCACGGAAUCGGAUGAGUUGGCAGUCAAGUACAACCCAGUAAGAGAAGAGCUCCACCAGCAGUUUUUGAGAAUUAAUGGUGUAUUGCAAGAGUUAUUCGAGGACGACAAGUUGCAAUUCAAUAGUGAGAACUCCUUCGUCUCCAUCACCUCACACGCAGGCACUAUCCGCUCGUUCAUUACUGUGGUCGGACAUAGGAAGUUUACCAUUCCUACUGGAGGAAUGAUUCCCAUACUUGUAAAGGGAACUAGAAAAUGA